AUGUUAAAGAAAGAGUUGUUGUCAAAGCGUAAAUGGGAAUUUGAUGAUACUGCUGAAUCCUACCAAGUUUGGAAAUCUAACUUUUUGAGAUCUAUGAGAGAUAUGGAUGUUGAUGAAACUGAUCAAGUUGACCUCAUGAUUCGGUAUCUUGGGAGCAAGUCCAAGGUUUCUGCUCUUCCUAUACGUAAUGUAAAUCCUCACAAUCCAAGCCGAGCGCUUAGACUGAUUUGGGAGAGACUUGACGAGUGUUAUGGAACACCAGAAAUGUUAGAAUCAGCGUUAAAAUUGCGUAUCAGUGACUUUCCAAAGAUAACUGUCAAGGAUCGCAAGAUACUUUACAAGUUGGCAGAUCUACUGUCGGAAGUAGCAUCUUUAAAAGAUGACCCAAUUAAUGCCAAUCAGUUCGCAUAUUAUGACCCUUCGUCAGGGAUCAAACCCAUUGUUUGUAAACUGCCGCCAUCACUACAAGAGAAAUGGACAAGCAGGGCUGCAAAAUACCAGACUACUCACCAUGCUGUAUUUCCUCCAUUUAGGGGAUUCUUGCAGUUUGUGAAGGAGAUGGCAAGGAUUAAGAACAAUCCAUCCUUUGUGUACGAAUCACAACAAUCUAAUGGUCAGCAGUCGAAACCCAAGACACAAACUGUGCAGCAAAUAACGACUAAAAAGACUUCACUUGAUAGGGAUGCUAAGCAGACUGAUUCGCAUACUAAGCUAGUGUCUUGUCCUUAUCAUGAGAGCUCGAACCACACUCUCAAUCAGUGCCGUGCUUUUCGCUCUAUGACUGUUGAAAAACGCCGACAAUUCUUACGAUCAAAGACAGUAUGCUUGAAGUGCUGUGAAAUUCAAAGGCAUGACUUUCGAAAAUGUUCAAAGGUUACCUGUAGUGUUUGUCAGCGUGAACAUCCUACAGCUCUUCAUGAGGACCGAGAGGAUGACAAAAGGUUUACUUACAGUAGUAACUUACCAAUUUCGCAUGGCGGGGAGAUUCAACCUAAAGCGUUGGCUGAUGAAGUUGUGACAGCGUGCACCACAGUCUGUGGCGAAGGAUUAUCUGGCAAAUCAUGUGCCAAGAUGCAGUUAGUGUGGAUCUACCCUAAAGAUCACAGAGAACGUGCAUUUAAAACUGAUGUUGUUAUUGACAACCAGAGUACAAGCACUUUAGGUACCCCAUAUCUCUUUGAUAAGCUCGAUGUUGGCAGUACUCAGUCUCCAUACAUUUUGUCUACAUGCACAGGCAAAGUUAAUACUUGGGGAAGACGUGUAUCUGGACUAGUCGUCGAAUCAUUGGAUAGAUCAGUCAGCCUUGAUCUGCCAAUGGUAACCGAGUGUGAAUUCAUACCUGAGAACAGAAGUGAGAUCCCGAUACCAGAGAUUGCACGAGCAUACUCACAGCUUUCUGACAUUGAAGUAUUCAUACCACCAUUCGAUUCUAAGGCCAACAUAUCCUUGUUAAUUGGAAGAGACCUUUUGAAAGCACACCACGUGCUUGAACAACGUACUGGGUCUGACGUUGAACCAUUUGCUCAGAGAUUGCCUCUAGGCUGGACCAUAGUGGGAGAAACCUGCCUUGGGAGUUACCAUAUCCCACCUUGCAUCAACGUAUUGAAGACACAAAUAUUGCCGAACGGACGUCCUACUUGUAUGAAACCUUGUCAGAGUGUUCUCCGUUUGAAUGAUGAUUCGGUUUUCCUGAAAACGCCUCUUGAUGAGAAGGUAGGCAUGUCUGUUGAGGAUCGACAAUUUCUAGACAUAGUUGGAGCAGGAUUUCAUAGGGAUGAAGAGGGAUUCUGGACAUCACCUCUACUGUUUCGACCUGAUUGGCCUAGGCUUGACAACAACUAUUCAAUGGCAUUCAAGCGAGCCAGAAAUUUGCAAAGGAGUCUUCUGAAUGAUUCUGUCAAGGACUCGCACUUCAUAGAGUUCAUGCAAAAGAUACUCAAGAACGGUCAUACAGAGAGGGCUCCUCCGUUACAACCAGAGGAAGAACGUUGGUUUCUGCCGAUCUUUGCGGUUUACCAUCCCCAGAAGCCAGGUCAGGCACGCGUGGUAUUUGACUCCUCAGCUAAAUUUAAUGGCCUUUCGUUAAAUGACGUUCUAUUGACUGGACCGGAUCUGGUUAACAGUCUACUUGGGGUCUUGAUGCGAUUCAGAAGAGAACCCGUAGCCAUACUCGCAGACAUCCAGAAAAUGUUCUUUUAUUUCCGUGUUGAGCCGAAACAUCGAAAUUUUCUUCGUUUUCUGUGGCACGAGGACUGUGAUUUGAACAAGCCACUGGUACAAUUUCGAAUGUGUGUACAUGUGUUCGGGAACCGGCCUUCGCCUGCCGUUGCCAUUUAUGGCUUACGACUUUGCAUUCAAGGCGCGGAUCCGAAAGUAGUUGAGUACAUCGACAAGGAUUUUUACGUGGAUGACGGACUUGCAUCGCUUCCCACACCCAGUAACGCUAUUACUCUUGUCAAGGAUGCACAGACAGCUCUACUGCAAGGAGGUAAUAUUCGCUUGCACAAAAUUGCGUCUAACGACCAUGAGGUCAUGGCUGCGUUUCCCAAUGAUGAUCUUGCUAAAGACAUUAAGGACCUUGACUUGCGGAAGGAUUCUCUUCCAGUUCAGGCGAGUUUGGGUGUGAAAUGGGAUCUAGGUACAGAUUCAUUCUUGUUUCGUUCUUCCCAUGACAAACAGCCAUUUACAAGAAGGGGUGUUUUGUCUACAAUAAAUAGUAUUUAUGAUCCGUUAGGCUUCAUGGCUCCCGUUGUGAUCAAAGGGAAACUCCUCCUCAGAGACUUGAUUCAUGGAACUGUUGACUGGGAUGAACCACUUCCGGAAGAGUUAUUUUCAGAGUGGGAUCGUUGGAGAAGUUCAUUGCUCGAUCUUUAUGAUGUGCGAAUUCAUCGACCAUACUUACCUGUGUCAUAUUCUGGUUGCAGUCGGAAAGAAGUUUAUAUUUAA